AUGGCUUCUAACUUGCGAGCAUUUUGGAACAGUCCAGUUGGUCCAAAAACAUCACAUUUUUGGGGACCUGUUGCCAAUUGGGGGUUUGUUGCUGCUGGUUUGAUGGACAUGAAGAAACCUCCAGAAAUGAUCUCUGGAAACAUGACAGCAGAUUUGCAUGGAUGGUGCAACCUCGAAACUAUCUACUUUUUUGUUGCCAUGCAUCCAAUGAGACCGUACAGUUAUGGCAACUCUCCCGUUGGGCAAAGGGGAAUGGAUCGACGUGGGUAA